CCAGGGCCGGGAUUUCGGGGGAUUCUGGAGCGCGCUGAUCAGAGCCGCCGGCCAAGACAUGCGAAGGCGGAUGCAGGGGUUGGCCGUGGUGACUUCGGACCUGAACCCCCUUCCGGUCUGCGGAGAUGGGCCACAGGCUCGGCCGAGGAAGGAGUCAGUGGCUUUUAACCUUCAGAGCUGCAGAAAGGGAGGGAUGGAGGAUGAACACGAGCCGCCGUUACAGCCUCGGACUCAGUUCCAGGGCAGGGUCCUGCUCCUGACCAUCUGUGCGGCUGGCAUUGGUGGGACUUUUCAAUUUGGCUACAACCUCUCCAUCAUCAAUGCCCCGACUUCGCACAUUCAGGAAUUCACCAAUGAGACGUGGCGGAUGCGAACCGGCCGGCCGCUGCCCGACCAGCUGGUCCCGCUCCUGUGGUCCCUCAUCGUGUCUCUGUACCCCGUGGGGGGCCUUCUGGGAGCGCUGCUUGCUGGCCCCUUGGCCAUCACACUGGGAAGGAAGAAGUCCCUGCUGGUGAAUAACAUCUUCGUGGUAGCCGCAGCGACCCUGUUUGGCUUCAGCCGCAGAGCAGGCUCGUUUGAGAUGAUCAUGCUGGGACGGCUGCUCGUGGGUGUCAGCGCAGGUGUGAGCAUGAACGUCCAGCCCAUGUACCUGGGGGAGAGCGCCCCCAAGGAGCUCCGAGGGGCUGUGGCCAUGACCUCAGCCAUCUUCACCGCCCUGGGGAUCGUGAUGGGUCAGGUGGUUGGACUCAGGGAGCUCCUGGGUGGCCCGCAGGCCUGGCCUCUGCUGCUGGCCAGCUGCCUGGUGCCUGGGGUGCUCCAGCUGGCCUCCCUGCCCCUGCUCCCCGAGAGCCCGCGCUACCUCCUCAUUGACCGUGGAGACUCCGAGGCCUGUCUGGCAGCGCUGCAGCGGCUGCGGGGCCCCGCGGACCUGGCCGGGGAGCUGGCCGAGUUGGAGCGGGAGCGCGCCGCCUGCCAGGGCCGGCGCGCGCGACGCCCGUGGGAGCUGUUCCGGGACCGCGCGCUGCGGAGGCAGGUGGCGAGCCUGGUGGUGCUGGGCGGGGUCAUGGAGCUGUGCGGGAACGACGCGGUGUACGCCUAUGCGUCAGCAGUGUUCAGCCAGGCGCGGAUUCCCCCGGAGAAGGUCCAGUACGCCUCCAUCGGGACCGGGGGCUGCGAGCUGCUGGCGGCGCUGCUCAGCUGUGUGGUGAUCGAGAGGGUGGGCCGACGGAUGCUGCUGAUGGCGGGGUACGGCCUGAUGACCUGCUGGGGGAGCGUCUUCACAGCGGCCCUGUGCCUGCAGAGCUCCCUCCCCUGGAUGCCCUAUCUGGCCAUGUCCUGCGUCUUUGCCUUCAUCCUCAGCUUUGGCAUUGGCCCUGGUGAGUGGGAAGAGCUCCUGCCUUUGGGCCUGGCUGAAGGAUCACGGAUGUCUAGGAGGGCUUGUCCCACUUCCUCUAUGUGCCUUUCCUCUGUGUCUGUGUCUGUGGGGCCGUCUACACUGGCUUCUUCCUCCCUGAGACCAGAGGCAAGAGCUUCGUGGACAUCUCAGAGGAACUGCACAGACUCAACUUCCCCGGGGUGGAGCCAGGGCCCCACGUGGACGGGCCGGAGGUCAUCCGGUCCACAGAACUCUAGCUCAGCCGGUUUGGCUGGGGCCCAGCCGGCCGCUGCUCUUCCCUCGGGCCCUCUCCAUUCACCAGCCCUGCAUCCCCUUGUUUAAUGGGUGCUUGUUGAGCAACUACUGUGUGCAGGCCUGGUGUUUAGCCAUCAGCGGUGAGCUGGAGAGAUGGGGUCUGGGACCUCUCGGUGCUCCCUGUCUGGAGGCAGUUAACAGGAAACCAAUAAAAACACAAUUACAAACUUGGGCGGGACUUCCCUGGCAGUCCAGUGGUUAAGACUUCGCCUUCCAAUGCAGGGGGUGCGUGUUCGAUCCCUGGAUGGGGAGCUAAGAUCCCACAUGCCUCGCAGCCAAA